AGUCGAAAGUGGUGUUUGUAGUUUCAUCUGUUGAAUGUCUGCUCCGCCACAUCAUUCAGCGCCAGGCCUGGAAAACACCUACAAGUUACCUGUUUACAGCCAUGACACGUCAAUAGUAGCGGGAGAAAGACCGGAAGGUCGGGAGUUGUUCUUUAUGUGCUGCAGGUAACAGAAGAGCGGAGAGAUGGCCAUCGCCCACGUGGCUACAGAGUAUGUGUUCAGCGACUUUCUGCUGAAGGACCAGAGCCAGACUCGAUACCGCAGCGUCCGAACUGAGCUGGCUGUGGACAAGAUGGUGACCUGUGUGGCAGUGGGCCUGCCGCUGCUCCUCAUCUCUCUGGCCUUCGCUCAAGAAGUUUCAGUUGGUGCUCAGAUCAGCUGUUUUGCUCCUUCUAACUUCUCCUGGAGGCAGGCAGCUUAUGUGGACUCAUACUGCUGGGCAGCCGUACAUACACACACUCUACCUCUGUGGCUGCACAAGUUCUUUCCCUACAUUUUGUUGCUGGUGGCGGUGAUGAUGUACACCCCGGCGUUGUUCUGGAGAUUUUCUGCGGCGCCCCUCCUGCAGUCGGACCUCAGCUUCAUCAUGGAGGAGUUGGACCGGUGUUAUAACCGUGCUGUCACUCUGGCCAAACGCAUGGCCACCUCAGGACUGCUCACCUCUGACAGCGACCCUACCGAGGGCUGUUUCAAUUACCCGCUGGUGGAGAAGUUUCUGAUGACUAAGCGUUGCUCGCGGGUGCUGCUGUUUUACUACCUGCUGUGUCGCGGCCUCACUCUGAUCACCUUGGUGUGUGCCUGCGUCUACCUGGGCUACUACCUCCGCCUGGCCUCUGUCACGGACGAGUUUGGCUGCUCGCUGCGUGUCGGCCUGCUCGCCUCCGACCCGAGCGUCCCCGACAAGGUGCAGUGCAAGCUCAUCGCUGUGGGAGUCUUCUCUCUGCUGAGCCUUGUGAACUUGGUCGUGUUCAUCUCACUGGUUCCUGUGGUGAUCUACGCCAGUCUCCGUCCCCUCUUGUGCCAUGGAUACGCCCACUUCCUGGAAACCUACCAGUCACUGCCCACCGUGGGUGUACUGCCCUCCCCCGCUGGCAAAUGGGAUGAUCUCUCUCUGUAUCUGCUCUUCCUGGAGGAGAAUGUCAGCGAACUGAAGUCCUACAAGUACAUCAAGGUGUUGGAGUGGUUGAGGAAACGAGGUGACUGCUCCGGAGAAAACUUUGACGCCAUAGGUCUGCUGCAGACUCUCUGUCUGGUGAAGAUGGACAGUGUUGACGGGAAUAAACUUGCCGGUGCCGCAGGGAAACAAGAUCAAGUAAAAACGACUGACUCUGACUCUGCCAGCAGCCCCACGCUGACAAACGCUGGAGCAAAUAACAGCUGCAACCGUCCAAACUCAGCGGCUGAUAACGGCAGCAAGAUGGAGACCGAGAUGAAAGAGCUCACUCCCUUGCUGCCAGGAAACAGCGACACAACAGAAGGUAAAAAUAGCGAGGGAGGGAUUCUCCGGCAGCGGGCAAUGUGAUUAGCUGCUGGCACACCUAUGGAGACCUGGACAGAGGAGUUAUUGUGGGGGUGGGGGAACUUCACUACAUCCACAACUCAUGACCUUCCUGUCCUGAUGGAGGGAUAUAAGGUGUAGCACCAUCGCAGGUGUCAUCAAAGUUCAAACUCAACUUCUCUGAAUCGACGUGGGAUUCACAAAUCAAAGGUUGUUGGUGAUGUUCUUUGAAUGAUAUCACUGGAAGGUCUCGGUAGAGUAAAAGUCCCGCUGGUACAGACUUCAGUAAAUCAUUGAAUUGGUUGAACCAUUAAAGUUGAAUCCAAAUUUAUGUUCUGCCCAGCGACUUCUGGGAAAUUAUGUCAUCAGACUAGUUGAGUGUCAGCAUGUCAUCAUUAUCAGUCAUGUUUGACUAUCUGUGACUAUUUAAAGUAAAAGCAGUACAGUGAGUAUGCAGUAGGUGGUUACUGCCUAAACCAGUGGGAUAUUUAAAGUUUGGGUGCUGCGGGAGGGCGGAGUUUAACAGGUUUUCUUUUAGUCUACCCCUCAUUUAGAAAGCGCCCACCGUAUAUUAUGACAGCUUCAACUUUAAAUUCAAAUUAGAAGAUGAAAUUGUCAAAAUUGCAGUUUUCAUUAAAGCUACAGUAGGUCAUUUUUAUGAAAAUAAUUAGCUGACAUUUUUGCUGAAAGUUUCACUGUAUCCUGACAGAAAUACAUGAGAUAGAUGAUUUGUGAAAAAAUCUGGUUCAUCUGAAUGCAAGAAUCCACCGGGCAAAUGAACGAAAACAACCAACCAGAGCAGAGAAAGAUUGUUGAUUGUUGAGUUUCAUUCCCAGGGUGUCAAAUACAGACAUUUGGGACUCUGACAAUGAGACUCAACAGUCAACUAACUUAAAGUUUCCAACCCAAGGCGUCUUCGUAUCUCCCCGUGGAUUCUUGCAAAUACCAUUAGGAGCGUUGGAUCGAGCCAGAGGAACCUGUCUCAUGUACUACUGUCAGGAUAUAGUGAACAUUUCAGCCAUGAUGACAAAAAGUUAUUUUUAUAAAAGUUACCUGCAGCUUUAAAAUGAGAGGUAUUUAUCAUUGUGGGAGAAUGUAAGUUUUAUGAGAUUGUCAAUCACAUUUCAAGACAACAUCAAGUUUGUGAAGGUGAAUACUACUCAGUGAGGAAUUCAUUCUUGAUUAUUCUGUUGUUUUUUAAGUCUAGGAAGUGAUUUGACAGGGCAGCUCAAACAUUAACUUAUUGGUCAAAGAUGUCGCAGCACAGUUUUAGGUGUUAAACUCUGGUCUUUUUCAGAGGAGGGUUCUCAGUUUUUACAGCCAUUGAUGGGAUUAUACAAAAAAAUAUGUGAAUUCCUAAAUUGUUUUGGCAUUCGCUCGUAAGACCUGGAUGUGUCUCAUUCAUGUGGACUGAAGAGUUCUUUCAUGUGUUCAUUUUUAGGUUUUACACAUCAAGCUACAGCCAACAGUUCAGUACAACAGUCGUUCAUUUAAAGGAACAGUGUGUAGGAUUUACAGAUUACUUCCCCUUCCAAGUGUGUAGGAGAAACCUACACUGCCAUAGCCAUAGCCAUUGGGUUUAUCUGGGCUUCUGUGGAAACAUGGCAGUUCAACAUGGCGAUCGCCAUAGAAGAGGACCCUCUCUCUCUGUGUCUCUGUAGGUAAAAUAGCUCAUUCUAAGGUAAUGAAACCACGAGAAUUAUUGUCAGGUGAUUGUACACUAAUGGAAACAUACCUAUAGAUAUUAUAUUCCAUUACUUGUCUCCUGAAUCUUACACACUGGACCUUUUCAAGAUGACAUCUGUCUAUUUUUCGAAAACGGUAACAAGGUGCUGCUUAAUGUUUAAUAAAUGCAUAAUUUCUCCAAAAUGUCAGUAAUUUAUAGUUUGUAUAAAGUUUUUCACAUGUUUGGAUGUCUCAGCCUGGAAUUAAACUUGCUGUGUUUGCUUGGGAAUCUCAGGGAUAAAAACAUCUCACUACAUUAUUGAUUAUCAGUGUUUACUUCAGACCUGCCACUGCCUGUAUGUGUAAUGUACUGCACUGAGUUGAACAUUUGAAUUUAUUGUCUUGGAACUGCUGUGUUAAAAUCUCUUUACAUUAGUGUUGUGUGAAGUUUUCUGCUGCUGUGCAUGUGAUGACUAAAUGUUAUUGGCGGCCCAUUUCUGUGCAAUGGGGAACUUUUAUCAACGUAAAGUUUGGAAAACAAACUGCUUGUUGUCUUGUGGUGAUAAGAACAAACGUUUCUAGUGUUUUUAAAUUUCUCGACUGAUAUUUUGAUGCUUAAAACUGCCAUUGGUUAUGUUUUUGAUAUGAUGUUGGUUUUAAUUAUUUCCCAAAAAUAAAUGUAGUAA